AUGUUAGAACAUAAGUGCUUACAGUCAAGUAACAGUUCUAAAAAAGAUUUUACUGCUGGAGAAAUUCUUAGCCUUGUAUCAGUGGAUUGUCAACGAAUUCAAGAUUCAUUUGCGUUUUCCCAAUCUUUAUUGUCAAUCUGGUUCAUAGUGGCAAUUGGCAUUUAUGAACUUUGGGAGCCACUAGGUAUAUCAUUAUUUGGAUGUGUGGUUGCAAUUAUUGCUGCAGCAGUGGGAAAUGUUUUAUUUGGAAAAAUCCGACAGAAUUACUUUAAAGAUAUUUUGACGCUAAAAGGCAAAAGAGUAAAGCUAUUUGACGAGAUAGUGAAGGGGAUAAAGGUAAUCAAAAUGUAUGCUUGGGAACCAUUUUAUACUGAAAAAGUAUCAUCUAUUAGAACAAAAGAAAUAGGAAUUAUCAUCAAGCUGAUAAAAGUUGCAGCCGGAGAAGUUGUCAAUAAUACCCUUACUCCAUUCUUGGUAACUUUAAUAAAUACUAAAUUUGAAGAAAGGAAAUUAAUUGCUGUUGUCGGAAUAGUUGGAUCUGGAAAAUCUUCACUUAUAUCAAGCAUACUUGGGGAAAUGGAGAAAACAAAAGGAAAAGUACAAGUUGCGGGAUCUAUUGCCUAUGUAACACAGGAAGCAUGGAUACAAAAUAUGACAAUAAAAGAAAAUAUUUUGUAUGGGAAACAAUACGAUGAGAAAAUGUACAGCAGGAUAAUCGAUUCUUGUUGCUUAAAGCCAGACUUGAAAAGUCUACCAGCAGAUGACUUGACAGAAAUUGGAGAAAGGGGUAUCAAUUUAAGUGGUGGACAAAAACAGAGAGUGAAUGUAGCUAGAGCUGUUUAUGCAGAUGCCGAUAUCUAUCUGUUUGAUGACCCUUUGAGUGCUGUAGACGCGCAUGUCGGUAGAGAUUUGUUUCACAAUGUAAUAGGACCAAAUGGGCUUUUAAAGAAUAAGACGAGAAUAUUAGUAACUCAUGGUGUGCACUGGCUACCUCAUGUAGAUAGAAUUGUAGUUAUGGAUAAUGGCCAGAUAUCUGAGGAAGGAACAUUUGAUGAACUUGUGGCUCAUAACGGACCAUUUGCGCAAUUCCUUAAACAACAUCUGGCCACAGAAGAGCUAUCUGAUGAUGACGACGAACAAAGGUUGACUUUGUUUCUUUAUGGAAUGUUUCUCUUCGCCGGAUUCGCAAAUGCCUCAUCUAGUUUACACCAAAAAAUGUUACGCUGCAUAAUGCAUUGUCCAAUGUCAUUUUUUGAUACGACACCUGUCGGUAGAAUCAUCAAUAGAUUUUCUAGCGAUAUUGAUGUAAUCGACGAACGGUUUCGGCGCUAUUCGAACUUUUUUAUUGGAAUGCUGACAACAUUAUUGUCUAUCGUAAUUGUGAUCGUCAUCCAAACACCGUUAGCCUUAAUCGCUGUAGUCCCUGUGUCUGUGUUGUUCAUUCUUCUCAUCCGGUUUUAUCUUCCAACGGCCCGCCAGUUGAAGAGGAUAGAAGCAGUGACCAGGUCACCCAUAUUUAACUUCUUCAGUGAAACUAUUAAUGGAGCUAGUGUUAUCCGUGCAUACAAAUCUCAGAACAGAUUUGUUUAUAAACUUUAUAAAAGACUUGAUAUCAACUCUGGAUUCUAUUUUGCUGCUAAUACGGCAAUGGGAUGGGUAGGCGUUCGAAUACAGAGUUUUGGGAAUCUAGUUGUUUUCGCUGCGGCUUUAUUUGCUGUUUUGUCUGAAAACCUUAGUGGUGCUGAUGUAGGAUUAUCUCUGUCAUAUGCAAUGCAGAUAAUGAUGACAAUGAAUGCAGUUAUGCAGAUUCUUAGUUUUCUCCAAAUGGAUUUGAUCUCAAUAGAGAGAGUAGAUGAAUUUACCCACCUUGACCCAGAGGCAGACUGGAUAAAACCAGAAAGACCUCCAGAACAUUGGCCUGAUAUAGGAUGUAUACAGUUUGUCGAUUACAGUACAAGAUAUCGAGCUGGACUUGACCUCGUUUUAAAAGGAAUCUUCUUUGACAUCAAAGGUGGAGAAAAGAUUGGAAUUGUUGGGCGAACAGGUGCAGGAAAAUCGUCUUUAACUUUGUCGAUUUUCCGCCUUAUUGAGAAAUCAAGUGGAAACAUUAUUAUUGAUGGGAUGAAAAUAGACGGCAUUGGCCUUCAUGAUUUAAGGUCACAAAUUUCCAUUUUACCUCAGGAUCCUGUGAUAUUCUCAGAAUCACUUCGCGAAAAUUUAGAUCCAAAAAAUGAAUUUAGCGAUGAACAGAUAUGGAAAGCUCUGGCAUGUGCACAUCUUAAAGACUAUAUUGCAAAUCAAAAUCAAUGUUUGGAAACAGAACUCGGAGAAGGUGGUGGAAACCUUAGUGUAGGUCAAAGGCAGCUGCUUUGCUUGGCUAGAACACUUCUGCAUAAACGUAAGAUACUGAUCCUUGAUGAAGCUACAGCAGCGGUUGACAUGGAAACUGAUGCGUUGAUUCAACAAACGAUAAGAACACAGUUUGCUGACUGUACAGUACUGUCUAUUGCACAUCGAAUAAACACAAUAAUGGACUAUGAUAGAAUAUUGGUAAUGGACCAAGGCUGUAUAGCACAAUUUGAUACACCCAGUUCUUUGCUGACAGACAAACAUGGGGUAUUCUUUUCACUGGCAAAAGAAGCAGAGCUUGUACAUAGCAGCAAAUAAUUUGUUUUGAUAAAAACAGUAUCAUAGAUUGAGCCAAAAUUUGUA